AUGAGAAAACGAAAUCGAGCAGGCAAGAAGAAUGCCAAUGAGCCUCUGGAGACUGAGGCUUCUCCCGCAAGAGGUACCAAAACUGGCAAGAAAGGCAAGGGCUGGCGGGAAACUCCCAUGCUAGAGGAUACAUCGACGUUCCAACCCUAUAAGGCACUACGAAAAUCGAAGAUCAACCAGGACGGGUGGGCGUCUGAGGAUGUUACGGACGUCCAAGAAAUGCCCGAGUUUGACUUUGAAGGUAGCCUGCGGAAGUUCGACAAGCGUACAAUAUUCGACGAGAUGAAGGAAAAGGACCAGAUCGAGGAGGCUGAUCGAUUAGUUUCCCAUAACCGCAAACCAAAGCCGGGCACCGCUGGAGGCAAGAACCUGCACUACACAGAAAACGUGCUGGAGACACCGACGAUCGAGAAGCCCAACAAGGCACCGCCAGACGACUUCUGGAAGAGUGAGGCAGACGAUGGGGCUGUGAAUGGCAGUGAGCGGCUGAGCGGGCGGGAGCUUGGGAUGGGAAGCAGGCAGGGCUCUCGCAGGGGCGAGGGCAAGCCUGCUGGCAAGGGCAGAUCCCAAUCCCGCAAAGCCAGCGCUGCCACGGUGGGGCAGGCACCGAGCCGGACCAACUCGGGCCUUCCCCCGGGCUCAUCCACCACCGCCGCCGCCGGGUUCAUCGUGCCGUCGUCCAACCGGCGGGUCGAGAUCUUGUCUCCGCUGCAGAUGCUGAACCUCGAGAACAUAGCACAGAACGAUCUUGGUUUCACGGAGGACAUGAUGACCGAGAAUGCGGCCCGAGGCAUCACAGAGGUUGCUCUUCAUACCUUGACUGACCCAGCCAUCAGGGUAAGGCUCGCAGCAGCGGAUGGCAACGCAGCUGAGCAGCCAGCCACGGUCGUCAUACUGGCGGGCAACAACAAGUCCGGCUACCGAUCCGUCGCAGCCGGCCGACACCUGCGCAACAAGGGCCUGAACGUAAUCUUAUGCGUGGUUGGCAUAGAAAAGGGCGAGCGUGACCUCUCUGUGGACAUGACCAAACAGCUGCGGCUGUUUAAGAACUUUGGCGGUAAGGUCUGCUCCAAGAGCGAGCUAUUCGACUUCGUCAGAAAGGCGUCAAUGCCUGUCAUCUCGAUGGAUGCGCCCAGAAGUGUGCUACCGCAAGCGCCGCCCAUGGCCGUCACUCUCAUCAUCGACGCACUGUUGGGACACGUCACGCCGUUCGAGGACCUGCGGGCUUCGGACCAGGCAACGGUUUACGAGCUGAUCGAAUGGACGAACCGCAACGAGGCCUUUGUGCUGGCUGUGGAUGUACCAACAGGAAUCGACCAUACUACCGGGCGGCCGACCGUGCAAGAUGGCCACAGCCUCUACAUAAGACCACGCUACGUCGUCAGUAUUGGCGCGCCCAAGAAGGGUCUGUUCGAAGCAAUCGCGGCCGGAGCCGCUGAGGACGAUGAGACCGUCACAGGCCACGCUUCCGAUGAUGUUGUGCUCGACUGGAACCUGUACCUCAUUGACCUUGGCCUCGGCGCGGCAGUGUGGAAGCGGGCUGGCACCAAGAUACGCAAAGGGAUCGAUUUUGGCAAUAGGUGGGCCUUGCAGUUCAAGUAUCAAUCUUCCGAGGCGGAUCAGGCUGAGGAGUAG